CGGGGAGCUUUUUGUUAAGGCGGCCACUUCCAUAAUAGGAGUACAACAAAAUUCUAAGAGAUUUACCAACUUCCUCAACUUCAAUUUUUAGACACAUAUCUUAGGAAUUGUCAUAUUUGUUGAUAGGACUCUGAAAUAUCAUGGCUACCACAGCGCAGUCCGCCGCUGGCGCGAAUUCUAACGCUACUUUCAGGGAUAAGGAAAAGCCCAUCGCCGUUCGAUCCUCGAAUAUCGUUGCUGCUAGAGCUGUUGCCGAUGCUAUCAGAACUUCCCUAGGUCCUCGAGGAAUGGACAAGAUGAUCAGAAGCGGUAAAGGCGAGACUAUAAUCACGAACGAUGGAAACACGAUGUUGAAGAGCAUGUCCGUCAUGCACCCUACGGCAAAGAUGCUUGUAAACCUUUCAGCAGCACAAGAUGUCGAAGCAGGAGACGGCACAACAUCAGUAGUAGUCAUAUGUGGUGCGUUGCUUGGUGCGGCAGACAGACUAUUGUCUAAAGGAAUUCAUCCCUCGGUCAUUUCCGAAUCUUUCCAAAGAGCUGCAGCGGCAGCAGUUCAGAUCCUCCACGAAAUGUCUCAACCUAUUUCCCUAAACGACACCGCCGCUCUUCUUCAGGCAGCGAAUACUUCCUUGUCGUCCAAGAUUGUUUCCCAAUAUUCCGGCUUGCUGGGUCCCAUGGCGGUCAACUCGGUGACCAAGACUAUCGACAUCAAGACAGCGGAUAACGUCGACCUAAAGAACAUUAGGAUCAUUAAGAAGGUUGGAGGUACGAUAGAAGACAGUGAGCUAGUGGAUGGUCUAGUUCUCAACCAGCCCGUUAUCAAAGCAGCUGGCGGACCUGUGCGAAUGGAGAAGGCCAAGAUCGGCCUGAUCCAGUUUCAACUAAGCCCGCCGAAGCCAGAUAUGGAAAACACUAUCCAGGUCAAUGACUACCGUCAAAUGGACAAAAUCGUCAAGGAGGAACGUCUUUACCUCCUUCACCUAGUCAAGAAGAUUAAGAAGGCCAAGUGCAAUGUGCUCUUGAUACAAAAAUCCAUCUUACGUGAUGCCGUCAACGACCUUUCUCUACACUUCCUUGCUAAGCUCAAUAUCCUUGCUGUUAAGGACAUCGAGCGAGACGAGGUUGAGUUCAUCUGCAAAUCUACUGGCUGCAAACCGAUUGCCGAUAUCGACUCCUUCACCGAGGACAAGCUUGGAACAGCUGAUCUUGUUGAGGAAUCUCAAUCAAACGGUGCACGCAUGGUAAAGGUCACGGGUACAAAAUCCGCAGGCAAGACUGUCUCGGUGGUUUGCCGAGGUGCCAAUAGUCUAAUUCUAGACGAAGCUGAACGUUCGCUCCACGACGCCCUUUGCGUCAUCCGCUGCCUAGUCAAGAAGAAGGCUCUCAUUGCGGGUGGUGGCGCGCCGGAGAUCGAGAUAGCAGCUCAACUCUCUAAGCAAGCACGCUCGUUGCCCGGUACGGAAGCGAUCUGUUGGAAAGCAUUUGCAGAUGCGCUGGAAGUAAUUCCUACUACUCUAGCAGAAAACGCCGGAUUAAACAGCAUCAAGGUAGUCACGGAUCUACGACAUCGACACGAGAUGGGAGAGAAGAAUGCGGGAGUGAGCAUCAAGAGUGGUGGCGUCAACUCGAACAUUGCUAAGGAGAACGUUCUACAGCCAUUGUUGGUGAGCACGAGUGCUAUCGAGCUAGCAGCUGAAACGGUAAAGAUGAUCCUCAGAAUUGACGACAUCGCCUUAACGCGGUAAUGUGGGGGAACAUCAAUUAGAAGGAAAUGUAUGUGAAAUGAGAUAACAUAGACAGGAUGUUCACGAACCUCUGAGCCAUAGAUGACGAGUCAACAUCCACAAUAAGACUCGGCCGAGUCUAAUAAAAAAGAGUCCCAAAAAAAAGCUGUGAUUUCUAAUCCAAACAGGCCAAAUUCGUGGAUAUUGCUUACAAAAAGGUUAUUCACUCGGCCGGGUAACAGUUUCGGGUCCGAUGUUACGGCUCUAAUUUCCUAGCGGGGCAGG